AUGGCUCAACCAACUCAGCAGAUGCCUCAGCAAAUGUCUCAGCAGGUGCCCAAUAGGAACUACUCUCCUGGCCAACACCCACCGUCGCCUGCGCCGCAGCAGCCUGGUUUUGCCCUCCCAUCUUCGAGCCAAAACAUGAACAAGAGACCGCAAAUGCCCUUUUCACCAGGUCCACAGUCCAACCCGCCUUCCCCGUAUGGCCAACAACAGUCGUAUCCCGCAAGUCCGAACGUCAGCACACCUACAUCAGCGACCUCGCCUUCCUAUCCUCCCAUACAACCCGCACCGUCUGCUUCCCCCGCUCCUCCCACCACCCCUGCGACAGCGCCGUCGCCCGCGCCCGCGCCAGUUCAACAAGCACCACAGUACAGUCGAGCAGCUUACACGAAUGGAAAUACGCCUUCACUCCCUCCUUUCGCACAUUCUCACCUGAACCACCCGCCUACUCCAACCAUGAGUGGCCCUCCGACACCAGUCCCGGGCACUCCUGGCACUCCUGGGGCUUCACCGUACGUCAACGCGGGCUUCGCACCGACUGGGAACCAGCAGCCUGCCACCGGCGCGAUGGGGCCUCCUCCAGCGAAAGAUCGACCGCAACGAACUUACGAAUACGAAGUUACAGACAGUCUUUUAGGCACAGGAGUUGACAUUCGUGAAGAGGAAAACGCGCUCGCUGAGUACUACGCUGGGUCUUUCGGUCAGGACUCCAGGACAGGCUUCCCCGCUAAUGCGCCUGGCAAUCGAGGGUCAUUCUAUGGCGCGGGCCCAGCCAACCAACCGGGUACGCCCGCGACGACUGGUCAGAAGGAGUUCGAGACGGCACUGGCAGAGCAGAGGUGGAAUGAAUCGGCAGCUCGUCUAUCAUCUACCCGAGCUGUAGAGCAUAAUAACCCGUUCUUACAACUGGCAAAUCUGCACGCGCGCGCGGAGAAAAUCGCUCGGCAAUACAACUUGGACUUGAAUCUUGACACCAAGACGCAGCCUGUUCAGAAAUCCAGGAAUCCAGCCGAUUAUCCCGUCGCACCGAAGGUCAACGUCACAACCAGAGAAGGUCCUGAUGGUGCGAUGGUCUCUGUUUAUGGUUCAGUGCUGCCACAAGAUAGCUACUUGAUUGACCAGCUUGCCCUUCUGUCCAUUGCCACCAAGCAUCGGGUCCGAGAUCUACUUGAAGAUGCGGACCAGAUAGCGACCACACGACAGCAGACGUCCCAUGGUGUGAUACCAUCAGAUUGGAUUGACUCUGCCGUGCCUUUGGAUAGCACCGGUCUUCCUGUCAAUGACGGCGAGGCGGCGUCGAAAGCUAUUGAGAACGGUGCAAACGGCAGCAAUCCACGCAAGCGCUCCCUUGAUGCGAGCAAUGUCGGAGGUCUGGGCGGAAGGCCGAGCAUUCCGGCGACGAAUCAUUUGGCGCAGGCUCUGCGAGAGAUGGGCAGGGCUGAGCGAGAAGCAGAAGAGCUACGUCUCAAGAAGCGGCAGAAGAGGCUGCUUGGAGAUAGUGCAGCGAAUGUGUCCCGUUCAGGCUCAGUAGCGCCAGGGACCCCAGGCUCUACAGCCCCCGAGCCCGAGAAGGCACCAACCAAGAAAGAGCAGAAGAAGAUCGCCGCGCAAAAGCACGAUGCCUCAGCUGACAAUGUCAACAAGACAACGAUGAAAUUUUUGGGCGGUGGCAAGAAGAAGUAUUCGUGGAUGUCGAUGGGAGCAAACACCCCGAGCACGCCUAACAAGCCAACGGCUAGCGCUGCAGGUACGCCUGCGUCGGCUUCUGCUUCAGCCUCGGCGUCAAAGGCGCCCGAGAGCAAGUCUCUCACCCAAGAGGGGCGGUACAAGCUUGGCAGUUGGCGGGAGUACAGCGAGAAGGGUAAAGAUAUCCAGCUGAGGGACUGGAUCACUGUCCUGGAGCGUGAUGGCCGAGAGAAGCUGGCCUUGCAGCUUGCAUAUGUGAAGCUUGACGGGUCUGAGCCACGGUAG